AUGUCCUCGCUCAUGAUCGACAUCUUCAGCUUCAUCUACGGGACCAUCACUUUAGCUGUCUUCUGGCACAAAGCAGUAAUAAGUCUCUAUGGUCGCCCCCAGAAACAAGUCGCAGAUCUCUAUACCAGUACUCGACUUGAACAAAACAGAUUCUGGGAUAUGACCGUCCCAUCGCCACACUACAGGGCCCCUCUGCUUCCAGGACUCAGACAUGAAUUGGUUACUUUGUCCACGGGUUUGAAGAUGCAUUACAUGGAAAGUUUGAGCAACACUAAAACGAGGACUUUGAUCGUACUGAUCCACGGCUUCCCUGAUUCUUGGUGCAUCUUUCACCCGUUGCUGAGCUCGGAAAGGCUUGUAGACCUGGAGGCAGACAUCGUUGCUAUCGAUCUACCUGGUUUCGGUGGAAGCGAUGAUCUACAGAACUACGGUCCUGACGCAAUGCUCAAUGCCAUAACAGAGACAAUCCAUCUGCUGAAGCAGCGCUAUCUGACCGCUGAAGCUACCAAGUGUAUCGUUGUGGGUCAUGAUUGGGGAGGUAUUAUUGCCUACAGACUUGCGGCUGAGACGAUUGGAUUAAUGGACAGAGCUUGCAUGAUCAACACUGCUUAUGCACCCCUAAUGAAGGCCAACGCGAACGCAGUGCUGACACUGACGAAGCCGCAUCUUCUAGCAUGGCGAAAGGCGCCGUUCACGAUUCAACAUCUGCUUGUCGCGUGGACUGCUGCGGAACCUCUUCGUGCGCAGUUGCUCAAAUCCUGCUAUAUCUUCAUGCUCAACUUGCCGUUGUGGAUGCUAAGACGUAACACCAUCACCAUCGAAUACUUACUCGACUUAUGUCACACGCGUGGAAAUACCUCCAUCACUGCUGUCCCUCCAGUACUCUUCGAGACGAGCAAUCCCUCCAAUAACCCUCGCCGUGACGCUUUUGCUCAAGCUCGCGCCAGUUCGUUUGGGCCGGGCCAUGUGGAGAGUGCAGUCCGAGGCGCAAAGUAUGGUCAUUCUGUCAAGGUCCGCAGCAGGAAGAGCGAUCGUCUUCCAGGAGACUGGCUACAACGGAUUCGACUUUAUCGAGAAGGACUAGCAGCAGAUGACUGGCAGCUAGUGCCUCAUCUUCAACAAUACGCACUACCGAGAAGCCAUAAUCGGACGACCUUCAAGUGCCCAGUUGUCGAGCUCAAGGAUGCUGGACAUUGGCCCAUGCUGGAUAGCGAGCAGGGCAUGGAAGCCAUGGUGAGGACCAUGUGGUGGAUGGUGAGGCCAGAAUAUGGGUUGGACUCUGCAUUCAGUAGCUGGAUUGUGACGCAAAAGAAUGAGAUCAAUACCAAGUUGUAUGGCUGA